ACACCUAAAACGACGCGAUGAACGCAUUAAACCAUGUGUUUUGACCCCAUGUGUUAUAAAUAUACAUAUUUCACACAUGAUAUGUUUUAUCAAAAGUUAAUUUUUGUAUUUUUAAUAAUAUAUUAAUUUUCUAUACUGUGAUCAAUUUAUUAUAUGUCUUAAGAUUAUCAAAAGUAUUAUUAUUAUGGCCAACGCAGAAAGAAAAGAUUUACAAGAGGAAGAAUUGGCAAAGAGUUCCGUUUUGGUUUCCAGUAGCUUCUUACCACCGUGUACAAUUCCAGUAAAAGGUUAUGAUUUUAAUAAGGGAAUCAAUUAUCAUGAAUUGUUUGCAACCAUGGCAAGCUGUGGCUUCCAAGCUACAAAUUUUGGACUAGCGAUUGAAGAAGUGAAUCGUAUGUUGCACCAAAGGAACAUACUUCUUGUGGAACAUCAGCUAGAUGAGAUGGAAGAGGAUGAAUUUAUAAAAAGAAGAUAUCAUUGUACAAUAUUUUUGGGUUACACGUCAAACAUGGUGUCCAGUGGCAUUAGGGAUAUUAUACGAUUUCUUGUACAACAUAAACUGGUAGAUUGUCUCGUUACCACAGCUGGUGGAGUCGAAGAGGAUUUUAUAAAGUGUUUGGCGCCUACAUACGUUGGCAGCUUUCAUUUGGACGACAGAAAGCUCAGAGAAAAUGGUCUUAACAGAACUGGAAACCUAUUGGUACCAAAUGACAAUUAUUGCUUGUUUGAAGAUUGGGUAAUGCCAAAGUUAAAUGCAAUGCUAGCUGAACAAAAUACGAAGGGCAUUUCAUGGACACCAUCUAAAAUGAUAGCGAGACUCGGUGAAGAGAUUAAUCACGAAGAUUCGAUCUAUUAUUGGGCAGCGAAAAAUAAGAUCCCGGUGUUUUGCCCGGCAUUGACUGACGGCAGCCUCGGCGACAUGAUGUUCUUUCAUUCGUUUAAAAAUCCAGGACUCGUUCUCGAUAUCAUUGCAGAUGUUAAGAGAUUAAACAGGAUAGCUUUGAAAGCAGUGAACAGCGGUAUGAUAAUUGUUGGAGGCGGAGUGGUGAAGCAUCACAUUUGCAAUGCUAAUCUCAUGAGGAACGGCGCCGAUUAUGCUGUUUUCAUCAACACUUCUUCUGAAUUUGACGGUAGUGACAGCGGUGCCCGCCCCGAGGAAGCAAUUUCUUGGGGAAAAAUUCGUAAAGACGCUGAACCUGUCAAGGUAACCAGUAUGUGCUGAUGCUACUUUGGUAUUUCCACUAUUAGUGGGAGAAACUUUUGCAAGAUAUCAUCAUUCGAGGAAGAUAGGAAAAUGAGAGAGAAUAAAGACGAUACUUUAAUUACGAUACGAGAAAGAA